CCUCUUAUUUAACUGAUGCCCUAUAAAACCCACGCUCUUCUGUCGCAGGUGCAUUUACUUCUCCCUCUUCGGUUUGCAGCAACAGGAGAAAACACAGACAACAUGGAAAAGCACAAUUAUGGACGUCUUGCUGCUGUAGUCGUAUCAGUCGUCGUCUUUGUGAUAAGUCUGGUGUUCAAUGGGCUGUCUGUUGUUGGAGUUGGCCCCUAUCAAACCACGACAGCCAACGUGUCGGCUGUGUUUGACACACAGCUCACACCUUCGGGAUGGACCUUCUACAUCUGGACCCUUAUCUACAUCUGGCUGAUGGCGAUGGUUGCUUACAUCACUGUGGGACUCUGCAGAAGAAAUGCAUACGGCUAUGUCUACUGCAGACCCGCAGUGCUUCCAUAUGGGUUCUUCUUCAGCUGGUGUCUCAAUCAGUGUUUUAACAUCGCUUGGCUUCUUGUCUGGGACCGAGGGAUGAUGAUUGUUGCACUGGUCUUCCUCAUCCUGAUCAUCUGCACAAACUACCUCAUGAUAGUUUUCAUCAGUCACAGCCUCCAUAUUUAUGGACCCUGGCUCAAUAAGUACCACAAAGCAGACCUGUGGCUCAUGCGUGUUUUGGUCAGUGUUCAAAAUGUGGUGAAGGUUCAGAACGGUGUGAUGAUUUACACCACAUGGACAACCAUAGCUACGCUUCUCAACCUGACGAUAGUGUUGAGUUAUCACGCAGAGAUGUCCCCAGCAGGCGCUGCCACCCUUUCGUACUCCCUCCUGACCGUGCUGUUGAUCGUUUGGUUUGUUUUGGAAAACUUUGUUCUGGAGAAGUAUGUGCGGUACAUCUUCAUCACCUACCCUGUCGUGAUCUGGGCUCUGUCAGGGAACAUGGAUAAAAAUUAUGACACCGCUUCACCCAUUGGCAACGGCAUCUUCAUCGCUGUGCUGCUGGCUGUUGCCUUUGUGCUGCUUGUUACCCGGAUUGUUUUGAUUGUUUGGAGAAGUUUGAAGCAGCCGCUCUAUAAAGAUGGGGGUCAUGAAAAAAUGGAAGUGAUGGAGAUCGCUGGGGGACAGAACAUCAUAUUUCAAUGAGCAUUUUUGUUAUUUGUUAUUGUUACGUUUUUUUUUUUUUGUAAUUUAUGACUGUGUUAAUGCUAUUUUAAGCGUUGUGGGACCACCUACGAACCUUUAUGGGUGUUUUGCUGAAUUAAGAUAAGAGAAUCUGCAGUAGAAACACUCUGCUGGAGUUUAUUUCAUAAUUUGUUUAGUAUCAAAUGUCAGUUAUGUUAUUUUUGACAAAUUUUGACACAUACAUCAUAAUGUAUAAUAUUGCAAUUUUUUGUUUUUUUCAUUUUCCGUUUAUGUUUUUUGUUGGCAAAACUUUUUAAAGAUGCAGUUUAGUUGUAUAGUUUUAAAAAAUAUAUCCUUCAAAACUGUACCUCAUAUCAUUAGUUUACUAAUUAUAUUUCCCUUUUUUUGCACAAAAUGUAGUUUAAUGUAAAAAUAUUUAAUUAAAGUUCUUAGAUGUUUG